AUGCUGCUCCAUCAGGGCCACCUGCUGGCGCCCGACUACGGCGCCGGCUCCGACGCGGGCGUCUUGCUGGCCGCCGAGCCUCUCGACGUGUUCCCCGGCGGAGCCGCGGCGCUGCGGGGACCUCCGGAGCUGGAGCCUGGCCUAUUCGAACCGCCGCCGGCGAUGGCAGGGAGCCUGCUGUACCCCGAGCCCUGGAGCACCCCGGGCCCGCCCACCAAGAAGAUGCCAGUCGCUGCGACCCGCGGCGGUUUGACCUUGAACGAGCCCUUGCGCCCGCUCUACCCGGCGGCCGGGGACUCUCCUGGCGGGGAGGACGGGUCUGGCCCUUUGGCCCCUUUCGCUCCCUUCUUCCCGGACUGCGCUCUGCCGCCGCCGCCGCCGUCCUACGACUACAGCGCGGGGUACGGCCGCUCCGCGUACCCCGGCCUCUGGAGAGCGGACGGGGUUUGGGAAGAGGUGACCGUGGAGGAGGGGGCGCAGCGGGACUGACUGCGAGCUAGCCUUCGUUCCCAUUAGCGACUGCCGGGGGGUCGCGCCGGCCUCUGGCCCUCUCCUAAGUCUAAGGAACCAUAGAAUGCACAUGGAGGCGAAACGGGAUUUGUAAAACUUCAGUUAACAAUACCAUCUGAAGAAAAAGAGACGAAGAAUCGGGGGUUGUUUUAAUCACAACCCCCAGAAGUUAAAAUAAAAAUUAAAAAGCCAUGGGGGAGGGUCUUCCUGGACCAGACAAAUCAAGGAAGCAAGUAGGAUUUGGGGAAGCGGGUGGCGACGGUGGAAGGGAUGAGUGGUGAUUUCUGUAGCCGCCCGGCCCUUGUCCCAGCUUUUCCGCAAAGGUCAGCCCAAGCGCAUUGGUUUGAGUACAAUCGCCCCUUCCAAAGCAGUGUGCUGGCACCCUCUCUUCCCUUAGCGUGCUUCAUGAAUUAAAAGCCUGCCUUGAAAAGA